AUGAUACAUUGGAGUCAUACUGCUAGUCUUUAUUUUCCAUCUGAAAAUCAUGAAAAUUUAUCAAUUAUAAAUAAUGAAUAUUUACAAUCCGAAUCUUUCAAUUCUCAAAUUCCUUUAAUUAAACGACUAAGGCGUUGGACUAUCAAUGGAGAUAAUGAUGAAGUUGAAAUUCCUUUCAAUGAAUCUCAUCUAUCUAUAAACAAUAGUUCUUCAAUUAACAAUAGUACUUUAGUAAAUCUCAUAACAAUAGAAUCAAAUACAUCAAAUAUUGAAUCCGUUAAUGAUUUGAAUAUGACAACUACUGAAAUAAAAUCAGAUGAAAAUACAAUGAUAAAAUAUCCAUUAACAGAACCAGAUUUAACUGAAUUGAAUCAAACAAUUAUAUCAUCUACUGAAGAAGUUAUUCAAAAUAAUAAUACUAGUUUAUCACCAUUGAUAUCUAAUGAAUUGACUACAAUCAAUACAGAAGUCUUAACAACAAAUGUUACUCAAAUGAUUACGGCUGAUCAUGUAUCUAAUACAUUCGAAUCAUCAUCACCAUCAGUUUCAAUCCUUCCUACUCAAACAACGCAGGAAAUUGAAUCAGUUACUACUGUAAUUCAUUUUGAUUCAACUACUGUAUAUCCAGAUGCAACAGUAAUUAAUCAAACGAAUGAAUGGAAUUCAGUAUUUAAUGAAAAAAUAGAAAUAAUUUCAUUAAAUGAUUCAUCUACAAUGAAUUCGAAUAUAUCACUAAAAGAUGCUCGAAUAACAAUUGAUCAACAACUAUUUACAAAUGAUACAGAUAUAAUAAUGUUUGACAAUUUAGAUGAAUCAUUAAAAGUAUCAACAAUGCCUAUUUGUGAUGCUUCAUGUCUAUGUUUAAAAGAAUGUUUAUAUGGUUUUGAACUUUUAAAUGAUACAUGUUUAUGUAAUCCACCAUGUACAAAUUAUCAAUGUUUUGGUAAUGAUACUUGUAUUAUAACAGAUGAAGGACAUCCUUUAUGUCAACCACAAAAUGGCACUGAAUAUGAUCGUCCAAAUCGUUGUUAUCAACCAAGAGAUGCUGGUUAUCAUGAUAUUGAUAUUCGUUAUCAUAAUCGUUGGUAUUAUCAUCCUGGUCAAGAUACAUGCCAUUUAUUUGUUUAUCGAGGUUUAGGUGGAAAUGAAAAUAAUUUUCAAACCUUAGAUGAAUGUCAUUCAGAAUGUAUUACAUGUGCUCCAUCACCUGAUCCAGGCGACUGUUUUGGUCAUGUUAAUAUGUGGUAUUAUGAUAAUAAAAAAGGUGAAUGUAGAGAAUUUGAAUAUUCAGGUUGUAAAGGUAAUGAUAAUAAAUUUUUUAAAAAAGAACUAUGUAUUGAUACAUGUAUUACUCGAAGACCUUUUUUGAAAUAA